AGGACAAGAAGUACCGGGCUGGUCUGCAGGGGAGAUACCAAUGAUCUCUAUCAGCUUCUCUUCUCACAUAUUAGAACAAUGGAAUGUCAUGGAGUACCUGGGGACAUACCUUAAUCACGGGGUCACCAAGGUGGUGAUGGCUUCAAUAUUAACCUUUUAUUUACUUCCUUGGAUGCUGCUUAUCUUUGGCUUCCUCAGUUCUCUUCUCAUUGUAAUUUAUUACAGGAAUUCUAAGCUAAAAACAAAUUGUUCUGAUGAUUUCUGGGACAAUGCAAGGCAAACUUGGGCAUACCUUUAUGAUUUGUAUGCAAGAAUGUGGCAUGGUUAUGAACUUCAUGGUUUGGAAAACAUACCAGAAGGACCAGGUGUUGUUAUUUUUUACCAUGGCGCUAUUCCUGUAGAUUACGUCUUCUUUGUAGCUAGGUACUUUAUCUUGACACACCGGAUGUGCGUCUCCGUAGUUGAUCAUGUGCUCCAUAAACUACCAGGCUUUAAACUACUUUUAGAAUUUCUUAAGGUACUUCAUGGUACAAGGGAAGAAUGUAUGAAUGCACUGAAAAAUGGUGAACUGGUGGGUAUUGCACCAGGUGGUGCUCGAGAAGCCUUCUUUAGUGACAAAACUUACAGACUUGUAUGGGAUCAUCGUAAAGGCUUUGCUCACCUGGCUAUAGAUGCAAAAGUGCCUGUCAUUCCAAUGUUUACUGAAAAUAUUCGGGAGGCAUAUAGGGCACCUAAAGAAAGGAAAUUAAGUAGGUGGCUAUAUGACACUUAUCGAUUGCCAGUCGCCUUACUAUUUGGAGGGCUUCCAGUCAAAUUUCGCACGUACAUUGGAGAACCCAUUCCAUAUGAUCCAAACAUGACUGUUGAGGAACUAGCUGAAAAGACAAAGACUGCCGUCCAGAAUCUGAUACAAAGUCACCAACAAAUACCAGGAAGCAUGUGGAAGGCUUUAUUGGCACGUUUCGAUAAACCACAAAAAAUUGAUUAGAAAAUUUCACCUGUUUAGGGACAAAUUAAUUAUAAAAUCCAAAAUUUACACUUACUUCAAUAAGCAGUCCUCUGAAAAUUCAUGUUAAAAAAAAAAAAUCCGUAGAAAUGGUUGCUAGUAGAUUGUCCUUGCUGUUGCAUAUUUAAUUAAUUGGUGUCUGUAUAACUGGAAGUGAUUUGAUUAUAGCUUUACCUAUGUUGUAUCUAGGGCUCAAUCCUGCAGUGUUUACCCAAGCAAGAUUCCUGAUGAUUUCAAUGGGAACCUUGCUUGAGUAUGGAUGGCAGCAAGGGAUGGGGAGAUAAAUGCAUCUUUUUGCAUUAUGUCAAGUUAGUGAAGCACAAAGCAGAGAGGGUUCCUAGCAGUUACUUUAGGUAACUAACUCCAGUGUUCAGACCUUUAAGAAACCCUUCUUAGCUACUAUCUAGUCAUGCAACUGCUUAAGUUUCUAUGUGGGUAUGUGCAAAAUCUGUCUAGCUCCUGAUGCUGUAAUGCUGCUUGGAGGCCAAACCCCAGAAAGUCUCUCAAAGUAAGUGUUGCCAGCUUAUCUCACCUGUAGGUCCAACUAACACUCUUUUCAGCACACCUGUUUGAGUAAGCAUCCCCUAUGAUAGUUGGGACUGAGAGACUGUGUCGUUCUCAGUAGUCCAGUACUUGGGAUGUGUGAGAGGAACGUUUGGAGUCCUGCUUCAAUGACUACAUAUGUCUGCAAAGAGAAGUGGUUUUAAUAGAAGAGCAUGAGAGAAUACAUUUCCCAGAAUACCCAGAAGAGUGAUUUCGAGUAGUUGCUUGUGAUCUAUUUGAGUCCCUGCUCCAAAUAGGGCAGAAAAGAAAUUUGAAAACACGUGACCCCCAUUUGCUAGCGAGUGCUAUAGCACAUAGGUGUAAAGGAGUGUGUGUGUGGGGGGGAGCAUUGCAGUGGUUUUGUUCAUAAGGGUUUAACAGAUAACUCCAGCAUGGACUUUGGAGAUAGGUGGCUAAGUAGCAGCAAAGAAUAGGACCACUUGUCUACUAUGCUACCCAGUAGAAAGUGCUGAAGUAGCUUCCUGCUCACAUUGUUGUGCCUUAUAUUUAUCCCAUUCUUAGGCAUCCAGACUCCAUGUAUGUGGGGAGCUGCAGGUGACAGGAUAGAGCUGGCAGUUGGCCAGGAAGGUUGCAGGGAGAGGAAGUAGGUGGGGCACAGGGCAAGAGGGCCACUUAACCACAGCCUUUGCUUUCCCUGCUUGAGUAGGGCCCAGAGUGCUGGGAUCUGAACCCAGGACUUCUCCAACCUGGACCAGAACCAGGAAGGGUUGGUUUAAUGGAAAUUUAAAUGAGCUUCCAAUACUUAAAUUCUAUAUCUUGAAAAUUAUAACAAAUUUAUUAUAUAUUAUUUAAAAAUCCCAUUCUGCAUUGUAAAAUGUGUUUGUUACACAAUAACAUAUUCUUUUGUUAGUUUCAGUGAAUAAAGUCAGGAUUGAAAUGCACACAAAUGAAUGGCAUGACUCCUGUAGACAAGUGAUUAUGUAAAAAUCUCAGCUGUCACUUUAAAGUGUCUAGGAGUUCUGCUUUUAAAAAGGAAAAGUUUGAAUUGUCAUCCAAAGGCACCACAAAGCCUUAAUAACUAGAAAAAAAAAUAGAGAACCUAAAUUUUAUAUAUUUUAAAUAAAUUCUUAUUU